UCGGAGCGUUCCUGAGGUGGAGAACAGGGGCCGGUCGGAGCGACUUGUGGACUUCAGGACUAGCAGGCGGGCCGGCCGAGUGGCGCCGCCGAGGCCGGGUAGGGCCGAGCCUGAGAGCGCCGGGGAUGUAGCGGGCCACCCUGCUCAUGCCACAGCGCCCGGCCGGAGCCGGAGCCUGGGGAGGCGGCGGGGGCCCCGAGCGCAGCCCACGGCCCCCGCGCGGAGCCAGGCCCGCUGCCGUCCCCGCCGCCUGCUCCCCCGGCAUGCAGCCCCGGCUGCGGAGGUGACACUUCUGGGCUGUAGCCGCCGCCGCCGCUCUCGCCACCAUGGAUGAACAAGAGGCAUUAGACUCGAUCAUGAAGGACCUGGUGGCCCUCCAGAUGAGCCGACGUCCUCGGGUGUCUGGAUAUGAGACCAUGAAGAACAAGGACACUGGUCACCUAAACAGGCAGAGUGACGUCAGAAUCAAGUUUGAACACAAUGGGGAGAGACGAAUCAUAGCGUUCAGCCGGCCUGUGAGAUACGAAGAUGUGGAGCACAAGGUGACAGCAGUUUUUGGGCAGCCUCUUGAUUUGCAUUAUAUGAAUAAUGAGCUUUCCAUCCUGUUGAAAAACCAAGAUGAUCUCGAUAAAGCAAUUGACAUUUUGGAUAGAAGCUCAAGUAUGAAAAGCCUUAGGAUACUGCUGUUAUCUCAAGACAGAAACCAUACUAGUUCCUCUCCCCACUCUGGAGUGUCCAGGCAGGUUCGGAUCAAGCCUUCCCAGUCUGCAGGGGAUAUAAAUACCAUCUACCAAGCUCCUGAGCCCAGAAGCAGGCACCUAUCUGUCAGCUCCCAGAACCCUGGCCGAAGCUCUCCUCCCCCUGGCUAUGUACCUGAGCGACAACAGCACAUUGCUCGGCAGGGAUCAUAUACAAGCAUCAACAGUGAAGGUGAAUUCAUCCCAGAGACCAGCGAGCAGUGUAUGCUAGAUCCCCUGAGCAGUGCCGAGAACUCCUUGUCAGGAAGCUGCCAAUCCUUGGACAGGUCAGCAGACAGCCCAUCCUUCAGGAAAUCACAAAUGUCCCGAGCCCGGAGCUUCCCAGACAACAGAAAGGAAUGCUCAGAUCGGGAGACCCAGCUCUAUGAUAAAGGAGUUAAAGGCGGAACCUAUCCCAGGCGCUACCACGUGUCUGUGCAUCACAAAGACUACAGUGAUGGCAGAAGAACAUUUCCCCGAAUACGACGGCAUCAAGGCAACUUGUUCACUCUGGUGCCCUCAAGUCGCUCCUUGAGCACAAAUGGCGAAAACAUGGGUGUAGCUGUGCAAUACCUGGACCCCCGUGGGCGCCUACGGAGUGCAGACAGCGAGAAUGCCCUCACUGUGCAGGAAAGGAGUGUACCAACCAAAUCUCCUAGUGCUCCCAUCAACUGGCGGCGGGGGAAGCUCCUGGGUCAAGGUGCCUUCGGCAGGGUCUACUUGUGCUAUGAUGUGGACACAGGUCGUGAACUUGCUUCUAAGCAGGUCCAGUUUGAUCCAGAUAGUCCUGAGACAAGCAAGGAGGUGAGUGCUCUGGAGUGUGAGAUCCAGUUGCUGAAGAACUUGCAGCAUGAGCGCAUUGUGCAGUACUACGGCUGUCUGCGGGACCGUGCUGAGAAGAUCCUCACCAUCUUCAUGGAGUAUAUGCCAGGGGGUUCUGUAAAAGACCAGUUGAAGGCCUACGGAGCUCUGACAGAGAGUGUGACCCGCAAGUAUACCCGGCAGAUUCUGGAGGGCAUGUCAUACCUGCACAGCAACAUGAUUGUGCAUCGGGACAUCAAGGGAGCCAAUAUUCUCCGAGACUCAGCUGGGAAUGUGAAGCUUGGGGAUUUUGGGGCCAGCAAACGCCUACAGACCAUCUGCAUGUCAGGGACAGGCAUGCGUUCUGUCACUGGCACACCCUACUGGAUGAGUCCUGAAGUCAUCAGUGGCGAGGGAUAUGGAAGAAAGGCAGAUGUGUGGAGCCUGGGCUGUACUGUGGUGGAGAUGCUGACAGAGAAACCACCUUGGGCAGAGUAUGAAGCUAUGGCUGCCAUUUUCAAGAUUGCCACCCAGCCUACCAAUCCUCAGCUGCCCUCUCACAUCUCAGAACACGGCAGGGACUUCCUGAGGCGCAUAUUUGUGGAAGCUCGACAGAGACCCUCAGCUGAGGAGCUGCUCACACACCACUUUGCACAACUAGUGUACUGAGCUCUCAAGGCUAUACUGCUGCCAGCUGCCACCUGCUGAGCAGGCAAGGGGCUGCUGUCAGGCUCAGUGAAGUUGCUGCUUCUUCCAGGCAAGGCUAUUGACCAGACCAGUGGAGCAUUGGUCCAGCCAUUGUUUGUCUGUGCCCCAUCUGCCGUUGGGACUUAAAGCCAGGAUGGGAUAGCUCUGGCAUCAAGACUGGGAGCUCCAGCUUAUAAGACCCAGAGCUUUGGCAUCCUAAGCUCAGUGUGACGGGAAGGGCUGGGAACAGUAUGCAAGACUGCCAUGGUCCUGCCUGCCCUCAGAUGUGUCCUAACACUGCAGACAGCACUGAAGUCAAGAGGGACUGGGGCACAGGACUACUCAAGGGUAUGAAUAGUGUUACUUCAGAGUGUUACUUUGUUUCUCUCCCAAUGUUUGAAGACCACCAGCAUAUCUCUGGGCUGCAUGAGCCCCCGCAAGCCUGAGGUAAAAAGCCCAGCAUCCCCCACCCAACAGAAGGUAGAGGCUUGGGCUGCCCCCACUAAGAGCUUCCAGGUAUAUGGUGUCAGUCUUGUCUUACCAAAGAUGAAGCAACUGUUAUGCUGCCUUAUUCUGGGAAGGAGGAGCUACCCUGAUAAGCAAAGCCUGAGAAAUGGAGCUGCCUCCAGAAACUGGGGAGACCCAGUCUUGUCAAUGCAAUUGUCUGUGUUUUACAAAUUGGAGUCACUCCUAUGCUGUUCCCAGUUUUUAAAAUGGAGACUUUACCCUCUGAGCUCUGGAGACCCAUGUGGGCUUAGGCCUUGGACUGGAUGGGAGAGCUGAUGGCCUCCACCCCUGGCCUGGUGUCUGUUCCCUCACUGGAGCAGAGGAAGUACACAACAUGAGUCAGGGCACUUGGCUCUGGGCAACUCAGCAAAGUUCAGGGGGUUGUCUCAGGCUGUCUGCAAUCUUAAACCUGUCAGGCCUGAGCCCACUCCGUGGGGCAAAAAGUCCUUGUGCCACCACAACCGUGUCCAAAACCACCAGCUGUGUUCCUUAGCCCGCCUUGUCCACUUGUCAUCAGCCUCAUUCCCUUUUUGUUCCUCCCACAAGGGAGGAUGCCAGCAGGGGUUAGGGAAAGAGUUAUCUCUAAGCAGCUUAGAGUUGGCCAUAUUUACCUCAGCCUGGGUGCUGGUCCUUUCUUCCAGCCCCUUUCUUCCCCUCCAAAUGUGCCUAUUGCUAGAGCGCCUCCCUCCCAACUCCCAAGUUUCUUGGGAGUUAUCAUUAAAAGAAAG